AUGUUGAAGGGUCGUAAGUUUGUGGUGCUUCCCAAUGAGGAGACCCCACGGCGCCGGUACAUGCGUACUUUGAUUGAGAAGAACGGUGGUGACAAUGGAUAUGAGGUUGGGUUGGUCGAUGAUAGUUUUGUUAGCGGAGGACAUGUAACUAAGCACAAAUUAUUCUAUGCCGAGUUGAAUCCAAAGAAUGUACCGUUGGAAAGGCUACAGUUAUUCAAGUUGUCUGACUUGACGAAAUGGUUGAAGUAUAAGUAUGUUGAUCUUUCGCAACCGUUGCAGUUGCAUGAGGAAAUUGUAGUUGAUGAAGAAGGUGAUGAUAGUCAAGAGAGUAAUAACGGUUCUCGACAAGUUAUUGUUGAGCAAAAAAGAGAAGCUCAAAACGAUGUUGGUAAAACUGAACCGAAUACCAUACCUAACAGUUCUAAUCCUAAUUCGCAAUUGAUUAAGGUGCUUCGACAAUUAGAGAAAAGGUACAAGUUGCAGAAUGACAUAUUUCGGUCGCUUGGAUACCAGAAGGCUAUCAAAAAGUUACAAACAGUACAAGACAAAAUCGAAACGGAAGACGAUGCCCUUCGCAAUGGAUUAUCAGCUGGAUUAUCCAGAAAGGUUCCGAUGCUUCUCCAGUUAAGUGCAGGCCGUGGUUCCGAGUUGAACAUGGACCUGAAAGAGCAAACGCAACGGUAUUUCCAGCAGUGCCACGGCAUUGGUGUUUUCACAUCGCAGCAGUUUGUGAACAUGGGGUACACGAGUUUCCAGGAUCUUGUUCCCUUUAUGAACUGGGUUCAGUUAACGGGAUUAGCCUUCUACGAAGAUUGGCAACUCCCGAUACCGCGGGAGGAGACGAAGAAGCACGAGUCCGUUAUUCGGGAUGCGAUUUCCGAGGUGAGCCCUGAAUUGCAGAUGGAAAUCACUGGCUCGUACCGUCGAGGAAGCAGGACAAGCGGGGAUAUUGACAUUGUCGUUCAUAUUCCAGGACAAGAUGACUUGGACUACGUAUCUGCACAGUUACAAAAAGUGAUUGUCAAGCUAGUGGAAUCUGGCUACAUAAUAUGUCCGUUGAACUUGAACGAGACGUUGAAGGAAGCGUUCGAGCCGUGGUUUCGCCAACUCUUUUCUCAUUUCGACAAGCGGUUCGAUGUGAAGACGUACGAUGAAGCGGUGCAUAAGUUCUAUUGCGGUGCUGCGGUUGAUAUGAUGGGAGAGCAAGAGGGAGAGCAAGAGGGAGAGUCUCGUCACGUGAUUCCAUUUAAGAGCCAGGAUUUGCGGUACAAGAUGAGCGUUGGUGGAGGCAAAGUGUGUCGUCGGGUGGACUUUCUAAUCUCUGGGUACAGCGGCCUUGGGGCGACGAAGUUGUACUUUACUGGGAACGACGAUUUCAACAAGAAGUGCCGUACGGUAGCGAAGCAGAGGGGGUUUGUGCUUCGGAACGACGGAUUGUACCGGGAGGGCCAGCUGAUCCCGUUGGGGGACGAGUACGAAGUUCUCGAUAUGCUAGGGAUCGAGCGGCUCGAACCUGAGCAGCGUAACAUCUAG